CUUGAAGUCCAAUACAUGAGUUCCUUACGAAAACAAACAAGAGUGAUUGACACUUGAUAGAGUCCUUUGUUAAAAAAUCCACACGUUUUCUUGCCACUUCGUCUCGCGUCUAGCUAAGUUGAAACAUGAGCGUUUACAACAAACAUUCACCAAUGAACGACAUUUUGGUGAGAGGAGAGGAAGCCAGGCGCAGAAGAUCGAAGAAACGGAGGCUACAACCCGACGAAAUAACCGUAGAUCCAAGCGUGCGUUUACGGCCGCAUGAACACGUAGUUCAGGAGACACCACACAGCAACUGGUUCCUGGAAAUGAUUUCUUACCCACGUCAAAAGCAAUUAUCAAUGCUUGAAUCGUUCACAGCUAUAUCUGCAUUAUCUAUCUAUUUCCCCUUAAACGUGUUUGUUCUUCUGUAUCCAGUUCAAAGCUGCAGUUUAAUUGACAACAAGUGGACACCYGAACAGUGUUUUCAAGCCAAAGGUUUUAUAAGAAUAACUGGGAUUCAGGCCUGGUGCAUUUUUUUCCUUUUGGUUAUUCUCUCCCGAGCAUCAAGUCGUYUACCUCUAACUGGCACUGUACUUGGCUCAGUACUCUCAAGGACAGUCUAUGCCAUAUCUGCAGGCUAUCUUCUGUACAUACGCAAGUACAUUUCACUCAAUGUUCUCUUCCAAAUAAUAGCACUUGAUUGUGGCCUUGCAUUAAUCUCAGUAGUAAUCUGGGUCAGCUAUGCACCAAUAAAAUAG